AUGCACCGAGCAGGUACACAAGCCGAGGAAGGCAAGAUAGUCGAGGCAAUCUCGAUGCCGGUAGCCCCUCGGUCGAGUUCGACUCGCUUGUCUCGAACCCCCGAGUUCCCCUCUUCACCGGUGACCGGAGAGCAUACGCAAGGGACAUCGUCCGUCGACAGCCAGAGCACAGCGUCCCAGGACGGGUCUUUCUUUGCUCGGACGCCGCCGGUGUACAAUCAGCACAAUGCCGUCACCUAUCUGACCUAUCGCUUGAACCUACACCAACCGCCACCAGGCGCCCAAGACCGGACACACGAGAUGCUCCUAGAGGGCCGAGAAGACCUUGACCAAGUCCUCUUGUCCAAGUAUCGCACCGAACUGAUGCCUCAACACCCGUACGUCGUCAUCCCGGAACACAUACCAGCUGCGAUGCUCAGGAGCCGCCACCCCUUCUUGAUGAUGGCCGUCCGGGUCAUCGCAGACUCUGAGGGUCUGCAUAGGAUGCAUGCAAGCAUCCGGAUCAUCAUGGCGCACCUGGCAGACCGAAUGUUCCGCCAGGAUGAGCAGCGCUCCCUGGACCUGCUCAUGGGCAUCGUGCACAGCCAGCUUAACAGCCUACUCUGCUUGGCCGAGUCGCUCAUCUCCGAUUUCGGUUUAAACAGAAGACACCAGGCCGAGGGUGGUGAGGGAGGCUGGAGGCGAACAGCCGAGGAGAAGCAGCUGUUGCUUGUAAGCAGGGCGGCUAUGAAUUUCCAGAAGCUCACGUCGAUGCCCUUCAUGUCCGCCAUGAGGGAGUCCCUGGUCGAGCUUCAAGAAAUCAUUGCAUGA